AUGUUUAUUCCACCUGCUAUACAACAACAACAGUUACAUGUACACAUGACAAAUACGGUUAUUUCAGAAUCAAGCAAAAAGACAUUUUUCACGCAACAAAAUCGUAAUAAUACAAUAUCAAAACAUAAGGAAUAUACAAUAUUGUGGUAUAACAUUCCCUCCUACUUAGUUGAUAAGUUAAACUAUGCUAAAUCAAGUUCAUGUGAGAGUCAGCAGCGCUGUAUUCUUUCAAGGAAUACAAAAGAUCUUCAUAAAAGUGACGUCGUAAUAUUUACACAUUUCAACAUGGGAGGCAAUCCGCCGUAUAAAAAGAAAAACCAAAUAUGGGUAUUCAACACCAUGGAAAACACCGCUUUUAUGUCAAAACCCUCACCAAGAUGGAACAACAAACUAGAUUGGUUAAUGUCAUACCGACGACGAUCAGAUAUACCAAGACCGUAUGGUAUUUUAAAGAAACGAUUGACGCCUUUGGUGAAAAAUUAUACAGAUGUGUUUCAAAAGAAGAAACAAUUCGGAGUGUGGAUGUCUGGUCAUUGUCCCGUACCAUCUCGCCGUAGAGACUAUAUAAAAGAACUUAAGAAGUAUAUACAGAUUGAUAUGUUUGGCUCUUGUGGCGAUCGUGUUUGUGGCCAUCGAACGCCAGUUUUAGGUGAGUGUUUGAGGAAUUUUUCUCGAGAUUACAAGUUUUACUUUGCAUUCGAAAACAAUAUAUGUGAGGACUAUAGUACAGAAAAGAUAUAUAAUUUAUAUUUGGGUAACUUGAAUGUAAUACCCGUUAUAAACGGACCAAAGUCGGCAUCUGAAUACUUACCUAAAGGAUCCUUCAUAAGCAUUUUGGAUUUUCCCUCGCCUGAGGCUUUGGCAGAGAAACUUAAAGUAAUUGGUUCCAACGAAUCUGUGUUUACGCAAUAUCUAAAGGAAAAGGACAAAUAUUACGCACUUGGCACACAUUCAGUAUUUUUGAGUUCAAUGUGUAAGAUAUGUCACAUUUUAGAUAGAACAAACGGAAAACCCGAACGACCUAAAGCGACUAUUUGGGAACGCUUCUCUCCUGAAAGUGAAUGCUAA